AUGGGACUGGGAAAGGCACGCUCGCCUUCGCCUGCCUCUAAAGCUUUCCCUGAUGUUGUGCAGGGUGACGCAGCAUCUGUUCCUCGGUCCUUUUCGAGUGCGACGAGCGGCAAUGCGAAAGGUCGAUCUGCUUCGGUCGUCAACUUUGGCAGCAUGAGCGGAGCGAGCAGCAUAUCGAGCGGAUCGCAAGCCAUGACGCAGACGCCCUCUGCGGGCUCCAACGCUGGCAAUGGACCCUCCAUUCAGCGUCACUCUUCUCACCAAGGCGCACCUCCUGCUGGACAUCGCGCCUCACGAGGUCAUCGCGUGACUCACUCUGCAGCGGUCAGCACUCCUCACCUCAACAGCUUGGUAUCGUCGAAUUCUCGGCAGGGCGAGAGCGACGCCGAUGUAAGACUCCGUCAGCGGGUGGGCUCCUUUAACAGCGGGAAACGCCUUGCUUCCUUUGGCUCCAAAAUGAGCGGUCACAGCGGCGAAGGCACCAUCAUCGACCACGAAGCACCGAGUGCCGAUGGACGUCGUCCGCGGCGUAUCAGUAUGAGGCCGACCGACGACAAAUGUGUCGUAGCGUAG